ACGUAAAUGAUAAAUCGAAAUUCAACAUGGCCGAUAACAAGUGAAAGAAGAUCACAUCUGGACAAAUGCAGCCAAUAUAUCAGUAAUAUACUUCACUUUGAGAAUCGUUUGAAGAAAAAUAUUAUUAUAUAUAGCUAAUGUGGUUGAUUUGUGUUUUGCAAUGGUUUAGCUACUCGUGACACAAUUGUUUGGUCAUUAGCUAGUUGACAUUUUUCGAAUAGCUAGUUAGCUACAACGCUGACGGGGCUAACGUUAGCUAGCCUCCAACAACAAGUCUGAGUUUUUUUCGCCGCGAGGACGUGCUAGCACGCUGGGAGGCGGACAAGUGUCGCUCCGAUUAAUUUAUGGAUUUCCACGUUUUAAAUUAGAUGGCUUCGUAUGCUAGCGCCUUUGCCUCGAAGUUUGUUGCUUAGUUUGGGGUUCGGGUGGAGUCCGUCACCGAUAGCAUUUUUUUGUCAAGUAGCUAGCCGGCUUUAGUUUGUGUUAUUGACACAAAACGACCAGAGAGCACACCACUAGUUGCAGAAAGGCCUAAAGGAACUGAACCCUUUUACGUGAAAAAAAAGCUAACAUGGAUCCGAAGCGUGGAUACAACAGAAGACAUCAAAACAGCAGCGAUUCGAGCAGUAACAGCCCGGGGUCGCCAGACAGUCCUGCACCGGGAGUCAGCAAAGCAGCAGCGGCCAAUACAUUUGCUAAUGAUGGAAGCUUUAUGGAGAUGUUCAAGAAAAAAAUGGAGGAAGAAAAAAGGAAAAAAGAAAUGGACCAAGGAUGCGGUGAUAAAAGUACUGCUGACGAAGGACAGUCGACACAGGAAAAGAAGACUCCGAGUGUGACCAGCUUUGUGGGGAAGCGCAGAGGUGGCUCUAAAUUGGCCCUCAAGACUGGCAUGGUUGCGAAGAAACAGAAAGUGGAUCCUGAGAUGGAGGGCAAGGGGGAUGCCUGGACAAAAUACAUGGCAGAGGUGAAAAAGUAUAAAGCCCAUCAGUGUGGUGAUGAUGACAAAACCAGGCCCCUGGUCAAAUAGACUCUGGAGGACCUUUAGAAAGAAUAACCAACAGGGAUUGGGACAGCCAUCAAACCUUCUGCAUACUGCCAGACUCUUUACAGCUGUAGAAGCGAUCACCUAUUUUAAUGUUUAAUCUUGUUUUUCCAGUUUUCUUUUUGGGUUUAAAUGAAUGUCAGCUUGUGUGCUGUAUGGGGCAAUAGCAUUUUGAUGUGGGGUUAAAAAGGCUUUUGGGAUUGUAUUGGAGUACAUUACUGGUCCUGCUUGAUUAUUUAAGGGUUAUGCUGUCAGGAUUGUAGCUCCUGGAUUAAGUCAUGAGUAAUUUUCUGAGUUUGUUUGAGAUAUGGCAUUUGAUGUCAGCUAAAUUAUAAGCACCGCCCAUUGACCUGUGUGUUUUGCCUUGGGUGUGUUGGCUUUGUCUGGACCCAGAACCCUAAAGAACCUCUGUGCUGUUUCAACCUCAGUCUGGUGGAGGCACAGAAAGUUGUGCAGCCUUGUGUUGAUUCAUUUGACCUUUUGGGCUGCUUUGGAUAAGCAACCGUCAGGUAGUGUCUCCGGUUUGUUACCCAUCAAAUAAACGUUUUGAUUAAUCAGA